AACCGCAGCCGCUCGCCAGCCCGCGGCAGCCGGCCUGCCCGCUCACCCUGGCGCUGCGCCCCGGUCCUGGCGCGGGGGGCCCUCCCCGCGGACGCCGGGCUCCGGCCGGGCUGCUCGGGCUCGCCGGGCCGGGGCAGCCGGGCCCCGCCAGCUCGGGGGCGGCCCCUUCCGGAGGCGGCCUCCCGGCGAUUGCUCGGCCCGGGGAUCCUUGGAGGAUUUCCCCGGAGUGCCAGUCCGCGCUGCGCCCAGAAGAUGAGACGAAAGGCCUGCAGCAGCAAGGAAGGGAAAAACCGAAGGUGUAUCAAGGUGUCCGGGUAAAGAUCACAGUGAAGGAGCUGCUGCAGCAGAGGAGGGCACACCAGGCAGCCUCGGGGGGAACCAAAGCCAGAGUAGUAUCCCCAGUUUGGAAUUCUAAGAAGGCAACCAUGGACAGAAGUUAUAAAUUGAGACAAAUAUCCAAGUUUGGAGUUGUCCUAGAAGAAGCUGUGCCUGCCAGACUGCUGUCUGGAGGCAGCAGUGUCCACCCUUCAGACCCAGGCGCACCGUCCUCUGCAGGACUCUAUUUUGAGCCUGAACCAGUGUCUUCUACCGCCAGUUAUUUUAACCCCCGAGAAUUUUCCACUUGUAUUUCUUGUGAAGAAAACCCAAACUGCCUGGACCAGAUCUUUGAUUCCUACUUUCCAACUGAAACAUUCUCAGAGUCGCUGCUGGACCCCACACAAAGUGUUCCCCACUGCCUGCCAGACAACUUUCAGCCCACACCUUUCUGCUUUAACCAGAGCCUGACCCCGGGAUCGCCAUCAGAUUCCUCCACACUGUCUGGCUCCUUAGACUACAGUUACUCACCAGCUCAGCCACCUUUGUACCCUUCAGAGAACUACAGUUCUCCCCCUUCUCUGGACACACUGAGCCACGGCUACCCCCAGGAAGACUACACCUACUACCACCUGCCCUCGCAUGCCCAGUACAACUGCUUCUCCACUGCCAGCGGCCCGCUCUGCUGCUGCGUGUCCUGCGAGGCAGAGCACCUGCAGGCCCUGAGAACAGCGGAGUACUUCUACCCAAGCUCAGAUUGUUUGGACUUCACCCCCUUAGCAGCCACCCCCAGCGACUUCUACAAAAGAGAAACAAACUGUGACAUAUGCUAUAGUUAAUAGAAAUGACUUGAUUUGAAACAGGGCAUGGGCCUAUCUAUUUUUCUACCACAUCUAAUGACACUUCAAAAUAUGCAGCCUGUUAACAAAAUAUCACAAGCACCGUUUACAUGUCACUGUUUUCCAUUUUUUGAUGCUAACAUCAGCAUUAAUACCAGGUCUCAAACCCGGUCAUAGUGUCUACUUUAUACGAUGAGAAUUGCAAUUUUUGUAGGUGACUUUCCAUUUACUUUUCUGUAUAACCAAUAAAUUCUGUCUCCUUUUUAAACUAAUAAAUAAUUUUGUACUACUA